CGAAGACAUUGGAAUAUCCUCAUCAUCUUCAGACCACAGGAGUCUGGACAGAAGCUUCUGGUUCAUCGAAAGACCUCCUCAAAAACCCACAAUGACUCUCCUUCGCCGACUCGAAGUCCCCCAUAACCCAGAGGAGCUUCCUCCUACCUAUCUCAUCAAUCAUGAUGUCAAGCCCAUCGAGCGCGAAAGGCGCAGCUGGACUUGGCUCAUCUUCCUGUCCUUAUGGGGUACCGUCGCAUUCAACAUGAGCAAUUGGCAACUCGGCGCCUCACUCCUUGCCGUUGGAUUAAACUGGUGGCAAAGCUUUCUGGCUACCUUGAUUGGACAUGCUUUUGCAGCUGCCAUCGUCGUGGUUGCCAGCUUCCCAGGUCUAUACUAUAAUAUCGCCUUCCCAGUCUCUAUGAGGAUCGCAUGGGGUUUUAACGGCUCGAUUUUUGUUGUGCUGAACAGAAUCCUUCUCUCUAUCAUCUGGUUCGGUGUUCAAAGCUGGCAAGGUGGACUCAUGACCUAUGUUUGCCUCCGAGCAAUGUGGCCUAGCAUCGACAAUAUUCCGGCAACCUUCCCAACGUCCACAGGCAUGACAUUGCCCCAAUUUGUCGGCUUCAUCGUGUAUUUCGUCAUCCAAUUGCCUUUUCUACUUCUGUCUCCGAAGCAGCUUCGAUGGCUAGUCACCACAAGCACCGCUGUAGGCUUUCUCGUCCAACUGAUCCUCCUCAUCUGGGCCUGUGCCACCAUGGACAAAUUCGGCUCGGUACUUAGCAAUGAUGCUGCACUUGCUGGCGGAAAUCUAGGCUGGAUGUUUAUGUACGGCAUUACAGUCACGAUGUCAAGCAUCACUUCCGGGACUCUGAGCGUUUGUGACUAUGCUCGAUUCGCAUCAACUCCGGCCUCCGGUCAAUGGUCACAAUUUGUGGGCUUCCUGCCUGCUUGGCUUUCAAACGUCUUUGGCAUCAUUACUGUCGCUGGUACUCAGGAUCGGUUUGGCACACAGCUGUGGAGCGUUGUGGAGUUGCUCGUUGCGAUCCAAGAUGCCAAUCCAACACAUGCGACCCGUGCCGCCGUUUGGUUUGCAGCGUUCGCGUUCCUCGUCUGCCAACUUGCACUGAACGUGGUUGGCAACUCCUUCUCCGGUGGCACAGACAUGUCGACGCUGCUGCCAAAAUGGAUCAACAUUCGACGGGGACAAUACCUCACUGCCAUUCUGGGCCUGGUGAUCAACCCAUGGUACCUGGUAUCUGGGGCGAUCAUCUUCAUCUCGGUGAUGUCGGCGUACACCAUCUUCCUACAGCCUUUCCUCGGCAUCAUUAUUGCCUACUACUUCCUCUUGCAAAAGGAGCGGAUCAAGGUGCAGGACCUUUACAGGCUCAAGGGCCAAUCAAUCUAUUGGUACAACUAUGGCGUCAAUUGGCGAGCUGUGGUUGCGUGGCUCGUCGGUGUAAUGCCCCAUAUCCCAGGUUUCUUGAACGUCGUCAGACCUUCUAUCACCGUCAGCAGUGGCGCCAAACACAUCUACUAUCUAUGCUCGAUCACGAGCUUUCUUCUCGCAUUCGCGGUCGCUCUGGCGCUGGGAUACGCUUUUCCCGUCGCUGCACAGAAAGAAUUUAUUGCGUCCGUAACGCGCGAUGAUGCCCGUACGAUGUGUGAGGAGUUUAUCAACAGCCCAGACAUUCUCCGUGCUGAAAACGUUCCGGUUGAAGUCUCGCAUGUCUUUGAUGGGGAGAAGAUGAGUGAGAAGUCGAAAGAUGAAGAGUAGAGUUUGUAUAGGUUGACUUUUGGGGCACGGAGAGAUUAGCUGGUAUGUUAUAUGCUGAGGAGAGGUGGUUGGGAAGCGGCUGAGGAGGAAUACUACAGGGCGUCUCGAACGUAUGCAAUGAGGCUGUGUCGA